AUUCACGAAACGAAAUCAGUCUGUUUUUCUUUUGAUAAACAGUUCUUUUUUCGAAAACUUAAAAAGAAUGGUGGGCGCGAUGCCUGUUAAUUUAAUACCAAAAUUUUGUAAUGGUGCCAUGGACAGCCACAAUGGUGGUGAAGAUAGCGAUAAUCAAGUGUUUAUAGGUAGUCGGGUUAAAUGUAAUGAUGAUUUUGGUACCGUGAAGUACAUUGGCGAAGUACAGGGCUACAAGGGAGUUUGGUAUGGUGUAGAGUGGGAUAAGGCGGAACGCGGGAAACACGACGGGUCUGUUGAUGAUGUGCAAUAUUUUAAAACUACCAAGCCCAACGCUGGAUCUUUUAUUCGUCCUAAUAAAAUUGCUCCAUAUAAAACAUGCGCGGAGGCGAUCAGGAGGUACUACGGUGACCGCGAAGAUGAGACCGUAGCCGCUCACCGCAGGACAGUUAUCAAUGAGUGGAAGAGAGAAAUGGGCGCUCCUUUCAUUGAGAUGGUUGGUUUUGAAAAGAUACAUCAGAAACAAAAAUUCGACCGCCUCCUAGAAGUCUGUGUGCACGAUCAGAAUGUGGCUAAAGCCGGUAAUGUAGCAGCGUUGUGUCCGAACGUCAGAAGCUUGGACGUUUCCCAGAACUUAUUCUCAAAUUGGAGAGAAAUUAUACAGUUGUCUGCUCAGUUGCCUGAUUUGAGGGAAUUGGAUUUGAGCAAAAACCGCAUGGCAAUCGACAUGCCCGAAGAAACGCUAACCCAACUAUCUAUAAACUUCAGCGCAUUGGAAAAGUUGAAUAUAUCCGUCUGUGACUAUGAAUGGCAAGAUAUCCUAGCUUUAUCCCAUCUCUGGCCUAAAUUAAACGAACUAAUCGCUGCAUACAACAGAAUUAAAAAGAUAAGUCCGCCAGAAAAUACUCUAAAUACGUUAACAGUACUACGUUUGGAUGGUAAUCCUAUUGAGAAUUGGUCUGAAGUUAUCAAUCUUGGUUACUUGAAGAAUUUGAAGGUUCUGAGUCUGAAUGAUUGUCAUAUUGGAGCUAUAAGGUUUAACGAUGAUCCUGGAUACGGGAAGGUCAAUGUUUUUGAAAAUUUGGAGGUUUUGUUCUUGAACAGGAAUAGUAUUAAUGAUUGGAGAUCUAUCAGUGAAUUGGAUAAGCUGAAAUCUCUGAAAAAGCUGUAUUUCCUGAAAAAUCCCGUUCAGAAAAACGAAGACUACGACACUUGCUCUCAAAUGAUCAUCGCCAAAAUUGGAAACUUGAAGGAAUUAAAUGGCUCCAUAAUAACACCUGAACUAAGGCGGGGUGCUGAGUAUGACUACAUGAAACGUUAUGGAGCUGAAUGGAAGUCUGUACAAAACAAUCCACAACUGAAGACUGAAUUUGAUAUAGAACAUUGUCGUUUCCAAGAACUCAUUGCUAAAUACGGCAUCCCAGAAGACAGCUUACUAGUCAAAACGCCAAAAACAACGACCCUCACUUCACAAUUACUAGAAAUAACGCUUCGUGACGAAAACGGCAAAAUCCUCAAAAAGAAAUUCCCUUCAACAAUGGCCGUUCAGAAACUUGUAACACUAGCUCAAAGACUUUUCUCGAAGAGCAACACUGGAUCACCGACGUUAUAUUUACUCGACGAUAAAAUGCAAGGAGCUGAAAUUGUUAUAGACAAUGUUAUGAAAGAUCUGGCCUAUUAUUCAGUUAAAAAUGGCGACACAAUCCUUAUCCGAUUUAGAUAGUUUGCAUUUUGUUGUUUACAACCCGAAUUAUGCCUGGAACGUUUAUAAUUGGCGCGAAAUUCUAUUUAUCCAUAUUGUGUAAUUAAAUAAAAAGCUUUGUAAAUAACCAUGAGAAAUUGUACCUGUAUUUAUUGCGAAUUUUAUUUUUCACAAAUAAAUGUUCAUUAUGUAUUUUAUA